AUGGAGGAGAAUGAUCAUCAAGACCCUUCCCCUUCGGAUGACUCCUCACUCGCCUCAACGAUCAUGUCUUUGCCCGCCAUGGCCAAGAAAGAGUCCGAGUGCGAGUGUGACCGUGACCACGACCACGACCAUAGCUUCGACACCGACUUCGAUAUCGACAUCGACAUAGAACGACAAGGAAGCUCAUAUCGCGCUCCAUCCCUGCAUGCUCUCCCCAUCAAAGACCCCCCUCAACUCAACAGCACCAACGGAGGCCCUCUCACCACUCUCUCCCACACCCUUUCUCUCGUCCGCACCAAAGACACCGGAACCGACCCGGGCCCCCCUCCCGACGGCGGCGUCCAAGCCUGGACCCAAGCCAUCCUCGUGCACCUCGUCAUCUUCAACACGUGGGGCUACGUCAACUCCUUCGGCCUCUUCCAAACCUACUACACUUCGACCCUGUUCCUGUCCCCCAGCGCCGUCCCAUGGAUCGGGUCCUUCCAGAUCUUCCUCCUCUUCUUCAUCGGCGCCUUCUCCGGCCGCGCCACCGACGCGGGCUUCUUCGAAGCGAGCUUCAUCGCCGGCUCGGCGCUGCAGCUGGUCGGCGUGUUCACCACGAGCGUAUGCACACAGUACUGGCAACUCUUCCUCGCGCAGGGGAUCUGCACCGGAAUGGGGAACGGGCUGGUGUUCGUACCGAGCAUGUCGUUGGCGAGUGUGUAUUUCCUCAAGAACCGCUCAUUGGCGAUUGGGUUCUGUGCAUCGGGCUCCGCGACCGGGGGGCUUGUCUUCCCCGCAAUGGCCGAACGACUGCUCCCUCGUGUGGGAUUCGCAUGGACGGUACGCGCGAUCGGCUUCGUCAUGUUGUCCACCAUGGUCCUCUGCGCUGUCUUUCUCCAACCACGCCUGCCACCACGGAGAUCCGGUCCCAUCGUCGAAUGGUCUGCUUUCCGCGAGAGACCUUACGCGCUAUUCAGCUUCGCCAUGUUCUUCAUCUUCUGGGGCAUAUACAUUGGCUUUUACUUCGUCGGCAGUUUUGGCAGAGAUGAAUUAGGUGUCUCGCAGAGUACGGCGAUCCAGCUUCUUCUGGUGAUGAACGGCGUUGGGUUGCUCGGCCGGCUGAUACCAAAUUACUACGCUGACAAGAGCAUCGGACCGCUCAACGCCAUUAUCCCUUUCGCCGCUAUCUCCUGUCUGCUGCUCUAUUGCUGGGUCGCGGUUCAUUCUGUGGCCGGGCUGUGGGCCUUCGCCAUCGCGUACGGUAUCUUUGCCGCGGGGAUUCAGUCGCUCUUUCCAGCGACCUUGACGAGUUUGACCAGUGAUCCGAAAAGAGCAGGCGUGCGCAUGGGUAUGGUGUUCAGCGUGGUCAGUUUUGCCGUCUUGACCGGACCACCGAUUGCGGGCGCGUUGAUCUCCCUGGCUGGAGGCAGAUAUGUAUAUGCGCAGAUCUUCGCCGGCUCGUCGAUGGUGGCGGGUGUAGCUACGCUUGUUGCUGCUCGGGUGGCUAAGGCGGGCGCGAAGUUCAAGGUCAAGGUGUGA